UUUUAAACUGAGUGGUAGUGUCAAUUAAAUUGGUAUUUCUUAAAUAAAAUUACGACGCGAUAAUAUUCGAAAAUUUAUAGCGAUGCCUGUGGAAUUGGAAUUCGAUUAUAAUGCUGCUACCGCUGCCAUGGACAUAUUCUCUCAAGAUGAUAUAAACUUAUUAAAACAGUGGACUCAAAAAUUAGACAAAUCAAAAUAUGUGCCUAAAGAUUUAUCAGAUAAACAACUUUUGUUGUUUUAUAAUGCAUGUUAUGGGGAUUUAGAAAAAACGAAAACAUGUAUAGAAAAAUAUUAUUCAUUCAGGAAAAAUGCACCAGAGUUUUUUGAUACUCGCAUCUUAAAUUCUGAAGAGUUGUGGCCGAGCACGGAAGCUUUAGAGUUCUCUUACCUCCCAGAGAAGUCGUGCGAGGGAUAUGACCUCAUCUACCAUCGGCUGCAUUACACGGAACCUUCUAAGUACAAUCUGGAGUCAGGUGUCAAAUUACUCUUCAUGACUGUCGAUGCAUGCUUAUACAAAAGAGGACCCCAGCCUGGUUACAUAUUCCUGUUCGACAUGCGAGGUGUCAAAUUGGGACAUCUCACUAGAGUUGGCUUGUCAUCGUUACGCAAGUUCUUCCAGUACGUGCAAGAGGCGAUGCCUGUCCGUAUGAAGGCUAUCCACGUGUUCAAUACGGAGCCAGUGUUGGACAAGUUGUUGAUGCUCAUACGACCGUUCAUGGAUAAGAAAUUCUUUGAUAUGAUAAAAUUCCACCACAAAAACGAGGAUCUGGAGAAGUUCUACGAAUCUGUAGUCCCACGAUCAGCUUUACCCCCCGACUAUGGGGGAACUUUACCCGAUACUCAGACGUUGCACAAACGGUGCAUGCAACAACUUCAAGACUUGGAGCCGUACUUCAAAGCUGAAGAGCAUCAGAGGAUCGAGGCUCUGCCAGAUAAGAAACGGGAUAAAGCUAUGGAAAAAGCCUUUAAAAAUCUAGAAAUAGAUUAAAUAGGGGGAAAUUAGAAAUAUAAAAGUCAUUCCAUCCUUUAUCUUGUGUACUUAAACGCUGAAUGCUUUUUAGUUACAUAUUUAAAUUAAUAUACAUCA